AUGCAGCAGCAGCAGCAGCAGCAGCAACAACAACAACAACAAACGCAGCAGCAGCAGCAGCAGCCGCUCUCGGCCAUCCCUCAGCAGCUUGCACCAGGUGUCGUUCGCUCUCGUGCUCGUGCUGGAACCCUCCCUUCUCGAUUGCCUUUAGGAAUUAUUCAAUCCUCGCCUUCUCCAUCUUUUUCAAAUGCAUUAACUCCUCCUCCUCUUGUUUCCUCUACAUCUCCACCACCUAACCCUCUUGGGUCUUGCCAAUCAUCAUCUUCUUCCUCCCCCUUUUUAACUGCCUCUUCUUCAGAUCCUCAUCACCCUAUUGUAACUUCCGGUCAACCUACUUCAACUCCUUCUCAGAUUUAUAAUAACCCUCGCGUCGCUUCUGUGAUUGCAUCAUCCUCUCCUCUAGCAAGACCUCCAAGCCAGUUUGGCCCAAGCUCCUCUACCUCCUCUCUUCCUGCAAAUGAUCUUUUUGAUCCCUACCGUACUGAAAUCCCUUUUACUACCCCUUCGUCAUCAGCCCCACACUCUUCUUCUUCUUCGACUUCUUCUUCAACUUCCUCUUCUGCAUCUUCUGCAUCUUCUGCAUCUUCUGCAUCUUCUGCAUCUUCAACAACUUCAACAACUUCAACAACUUCAACAACUUCAACAACUUCAACAACUUCAACAGCAAACAUAUCUGCCUCAAGACUUCGCUCAGGGUCUUUAAAUAUUCUUUCAGAUCGGUCUCAUAUAUACCCUUCACUUGUUAGUUCUAUAUGGUCCCAACCAAGAGGUUCAUCUUUACUUUCAGAAUCAAAAAGAACUUCUCAAUCGUCUCUUUUUGAUGAUCAACCACAGCAGCAAAAUUCUCCGCAACAACAACAACAACAAUCUCAAUCAUCUCCACAACCUCUUCGUCAACAAUCUCCACCAAGAUCAAUGGAUCAACAACAACAACAACAACAACACCAGCAGCAGCAUUCGCCGCAACAUCAACAACAACCUCAGGAUACAAUCGACCCCCUUCAACCCUUUUAUAAAAGUCUUACCAUGCGCACAGACCCAAGCCGCAUGCGUUCAUAUACUGUAAAUACUCUUCCUUAUGGUCUGGUACCGUUUGACUCGUCACCUUCUUCUUCUAAUACCACUACCACUACGUCUCCUGAAGAUAUCACUCAACAACAACAGCAACAAAUCCAGCAGUAUUCUCAAACAACUUCUUCUUCUUCCUCUUCCUCUCUUAACCAUGUCACUAAUGCUACAGAUAUUCCAGCAACUUCGCCAACCCGUCACCAAGCAUUUAUUACAGGCAAUAGGCCUCGUGCUCAAACGACUGCUAGUGCUUUUGACCCUCCUUUAUCUAUUGGAAACGUCCCCUUGAUUAGAUUAUCCAUGUCUCAACAACAUCAACAACAUCAGCAGCACCAGCAGCACCAGCAGCACCAGCAACAUCAGCAACAUCAGCAACAUCAGCAAAACCAGCAACUUCAACAACAUCAGCACUUACUCUAUCAUGACCCCCAUGAAUUUAUUUUUAACCCCCCCGUUGAUGAAGUGGGACCUACUCGUUCUCUUUGGCUAGGCAAUAUCCCGGCAUCAACUACCUCCUAUGCUCUUCAAGCUAUUUUCAGCUCCUACGGUACAGUCGAGUCGGCUCGUGUUCUACCACACAAAAAUUGCGGAUUUGUCAAUUUUGUUAAUACUGAAAGCGCAAUUCAAGCUAAAGACGUUCUCAAUGGCAAGGAACUUUUUUCCGGAACUGGGCCUUGCCGGGUUACUUUUACAAAGGUUGUCGACCUUCAAUCCAUUGGUUACGAUUUAGACUCACCAGAGUCUUCUACUACUCCUUUAUCCACUCAACAGUCUGCUCAGCAACAAUCUAGUCAACAGCAGCAACCAUCUUCUCCUUUACAAAAGCAUUCACCUUCUACAAAAAAUGAAAUUAUUGAAUAUUCAGUUACUGACAAAGAUGCAUCCACAGAUACUACUCUUUUAGAUCCUCCUAAAUCUCUUGAAGAAAUUGCUGACGAUUUAGUCACUACUGUUGCUGACCUUGGUGCAGAUCCCACGGAGCAGGCCCAGAUUGCUGCCUCGGUCAAACGCGCCCUUACCUUUAACACUUUUUACUCGGAGAUUGGCACUGUUCCAGACCCUCGUCCGGACCGAAUUUAUGAUGCUCCCACGCUUCGCGAAGUUCGCAAAAAGAUUGACGGCGGCACAUGUUCUACUGAGGAAAUUGAAGACAUUGCUCUAGACAUUUUGGAUGAAAUAGCAGAGCUCUCCAGUGAUUAUGUUGGUAAUACUGUUGUCCAAAAGCUUUUUGAUAUCUGCUCAGAGCCUAUUAAGGAUAUGAUGCUCAAGAAGAUCUCCCCCUACAUGUCACAAAUCAGUAUUCAUAAGAAUGGCACCUGGGCUGCCCAAAAAAUCAUUUCUGUUGCUGGAACAAGCCGCCAAAUCAACAUGAUUACUGAGGCCCUUCAUCCAUAUACAGUACAUUUAUUUUUGGAUCAAUUUGGAAAUUAUGCCAUUCAAUGUGUCCUCAAGUUUGGUUCCCCCUGGAAUGACUUUAUUUUUGAAACUAUGCUCUCCAAAUUUUGGGAAAUCGCUCAGGGUCGUUUUGGAGCCCGCGCUAUGCGUGCAUGUCUCGAAAGCCACUAUGUCAGCAAGGAACAACAGCGCAUGAUUGCUUCUGCAAUCACCAUGCAUGCUGUCCAACUUGCAACAAAUGCCAAUGGCGCCCUUCUUCUCACUUGGUUCCUUGACACUUAUACUGUCCCGAACCGUCACACUAUCUUGGCUCCGCGCCUAAUCCCCCAUCUCGUCCAACUCGGCACUCAUAAACUUGCUUCGCUUACUGUUUUGAAGGUUGUCAACUACCGUUCCGAGCCUGGUGCUCGGCAGGCCAUUUUCGAUACCCUUUUCAACCCCACCGAGGAAUCACCGAGUCCUGUUCUUGAGCAGAUUCUUAACCAUUCCUACGGACCAACUUUUAUUUUUAAAAUUGUUUCCACUCCGUUGCUUGAGGGUUCUGAGCGCCAAAAUGCAAUUUCUAAGAUUCGCCAGGUUCUCAUUUCCAUCAAGGCUCUUCCAGCACAAGGCUACAAGCGACUUAUGGACGAGGUUGGUAUUUCUACUCGCACAGCUCCACUUAUGAGUAAUGGUCCAAACAGCAACGGAAAUAAUGGCCGUUCGAUGAUGAAUGGCAAUAAUAACAAUAGUAACAAUAUGAAUUCUAAUAUCAAUAAUAAUUCUUCACGUGGUGGAUAUUAUCAGAUGCGCAAUUCUAACCAGCGUCAACAAAGGAUGGGUGGUGGUAAUGGUGGUGGCUCUUAUAUGAUGCAUCAUCAUAACCAUCAUCAACAACAUUACUUUAAUUCUCCCUUGAUUGCUAUGCAGCGCGGUGAUCAGUCUCAAUUAUCUUCACCUAAUGGCUAUAUUUCCCAAGGUGAUAUCGUAUACCAAUAUGGACAAUACCAGCCGGCUCCUCCUCAUGGACCUCCUCCCCCACAAAUGCUUGGCCUGGGUGCGGUCUCGCCUAACUCUCCAUAUGAUUUAGCAUUAUUACAGCAACAGUUUGAUACAAUGGGACUUAGUGGUGGUACUGCCGAUGGCGGAAUGUCUAAUACGACGGCAGCAACAAGAGCAUCUAACGGAAAUAAUGGUGAUGCGGUUGGUGCGAGCACUUCGUAUACAGGUUACUUGGUUAAUGCAAAUGGUAUGCUUGCUGCUGGCGGCGGGCCUGUGCUCGGCGUGACGCAGGCGCACGACGGGAUGCCUGUUCCCAGUUUAGGUGGUGCUCCUGGAGUGUAUUACCAGCAGCAGCAACAGCAGCAACAGCAGCAACAGCAGCAACAGCAGCAACAACAACAACAGCAACAAUCUCAGGUGAUGACAGGGAUGCUAUCACAGCAACAGCAGCUUCAACAGGGGCAACUUCGGCAACAGAAUCUUGCUCAACACCAACGGAUUCAAAGCAUGGGGUACACUGGAUAUUCGACGCAUUAG